UAUGUAUUAUGAAACGUUAAAGUUUCUUUUUUAUAGGAUACACAUUACAUCUUAAAAUAAAGACAUUAAAAUUUGACAUUUUUUCAAAAACCGUUAGUUUAAUUAACACUUCUAACAUAAUUACAAUGGGUAUUUCAAAACUUCGAAUCGUUUCGCCGCGAUUACUUUAGAGACUCAAUUAUGUAAAUGAAUCCGCGAGCAAACAUUUCUCUUCUGUCUCUUAGACAGAUUACUAGAAGCGAUUAGAGCAGGGUUACCAUCCUAUUAGAACUUGUAAAUAUCAAAUGGCUGGGUAAUUUUUUACUUAUUUCGCAAUAGGUUUGUUUAAAAAUAUCAUACUACUUCUUUUCGCGCUUCACACAAUGUGUGUAAAUAUUAAACAAAUUAAGAUAAAAAGUUACAAUCAAGAACUGUUGAGAAAUAACUGUCAAAUUUUUGAAAUCAAUGAAGUUAGUAACUAAAUUUCUUUCCAAGGUCGUCUCAAAUCAUUUAUGUUUCCUUAUUUUAUACAUGGUUAAGAUGAAUUUAUUCACAGCUGACGGUGACAUUAACAAUGCAUUUGCUAAGAAAUUAAUUCAAAUUGUAUUAAUACAUUAUUCAAUUUCAAUUACCCUACAUAGUUCGUGUCAACGUCAUCGAGGAAGGAAAUGCAAAUGCGUUUGUUGUUAAUGCUUUGGUUUUCUCGCGUAAUUUCCGAAACCCUCAGCAAACCAGUUGUCCCUCUGGUGAAUUCUAAUGAGAACCAUAUGGUUUAGCUCCGAUUGUUUGAUUCUUCGUUAGUAUUCCGAAACCGUCACGAUCAGAUCAACGACGAUUAAAUUAAUUCAAAGAACGUACAAUAUACGUUUGCUUUCUUAUUAUGUAUUUUCACCAAACAAUGGUUAUUGACUUCAGGAAAUAAACCAGAAAAUAAAAAAAAAUAUAUUUAUUAGACACUUUAUCAGAUUUACCUUUGUUACAAAUUCACUUUCUUCUCGGUACAUUUUUACGUCUGCCAAAAAAUUUACGUGAUGUGGUUCGCGUGUGGUAUGAAUAAAAAAGAUUGGAACCGGUACUGGUUUCUCGAUGAAAGUGCGAGUUCGGGUUCCCCCGAAAAAGAACUUUCGUUACCACGCGUCCGGCCUCCCGAACGGUAUGCAUCCUCCGGUGAGAGGAUGUGACCCGCUUUUUCACCACCAAAAAAUCUUUAGGUGGUCCGGUCUUAACCCAACCAAAAAAAAAGUGCCGAAAAUGUGGCAAAGUGGGGAGGAAGAUGAACUACUAUAAAUCCCGAUGGAGCUCCAACCAUUAUCAUUAUUCAAAAGCUUGUGUUGAUCUCCGGUAACACAAUACAAGUUACCCGGAGAAUUCAAAAUAUGAGAUCUUUCGUGUUCGCCACAGUGUUGGCUUUGGCUUAUGCCAGGCCGGAAGCUGGAUAUUCCUAUAACAAACCCGGAAUUUCUUUCAAUACUGGAUACCAAAGUGGAAGUAUUGGAGUUUCUGGAGGUGGUGGUGGAGUCGGAGUUGGUGUAGUUCCAUCUGGUGGAGGUUUACUUACUCAAACAAUUGGACAUGGAGAUGGUGGUGCAUCUUUCGGGGGUGGGUCAUUUUCUUCUGGGGGAGCUUCUUUCCAAUCUGGAGGAGGAGCUUCUUUCCAAUCUGGAGGAGGACCUUCGUUCCAAUCUGGCGGAUCUUCUUUCCAAUCAGGUGGAUCUUCUUUCCAAUCAGGUGGAUCUUCUUUCCAAUCUGGUGGAUUGUCCUCCUUCCAAACUGGUAGUACCUCAUUCACCGGAGGUUUUUCAGGCGGAGACUCUUCGUUUGGACACGGUGGAACAACUCUAGUCCAAAAACACAUUUACGUUCAUGUUCCUCCCCCAGAACCCGAAGAUAUCCAUCAUCAUCGUCCAAUUUCCGUUGCCCCAGCUCAAAAACACUACAAAAUUAUCUUCAUCAAGGCUCCAGCUCCACCAACUCCAACCGUUCCAGUAAUUCCCCUCCAACCACAAAACGAAGAGAAAACUCUCGUUUACGUUUUAGUUAAGAAACCCGAUGACCAACCAGACAUCCAUAUCCCAACUCCAGCCCCGACUCAACCAUCCAAACCAGAAGUAUACUUCAUUAAGUACAAGACUCAAAAAGAAGUUUCUGCUGUCGGUGGUGGAAACGUCGUCGAACACGGAACAACCGGUGGAAGUGGAAUCAUCGCCAAUUUGGAAACUGGAUCGACCGCUACCGGAAAUGAAUAUAAUCUUUCGCAAGGUAGCGUCAGCUCGAGUUCUUCAUCUUCCUCGGCAUCCACGGGAUCGCUAUCGUCUAGUUAUGGACCUCCGGGCCAUCAACCCGGACCCUAUUAAAUUAAAUUGCGACAGUUUUAGGUUAUUUGUACGGGUAAAUCGAAAAUCGCAUUCAUCAUCAUGACCCGUUUUGUAAAUAGUUUCUUUUCGUCUGUUAUUGAUAAGUGAUACUCUAAGAUAAAUUUAUUUUUUUAUUAAUGUUAUUUUUAUAGG